AUGCGACUGCUAGACAAUGACACUUUCUGGGGCCAGAUAGUGUACCUGUUGUCCCGUCGACGGCUUCUCAGGUACCCCGAGGAGGAGCCCGGCUUCGUGCCGCCCACCUUUGGGGAUUUCGGGGUGGAGGCCGUUGAAGACCGCGACUUGGAGCAGCUGGAGAACGCCAAGCGGCAGUGUGUGGAUUCCGACGACUAUCUGCCUUCCUCAGACACCUUUGAGUCCGACAAGGGAAUGAUCUAUGUGAGUUGGUACGGACCUAAUGAUGCUGCCAAUCCCAAGAACUGGAGUCUUCUCAAAAAGAUUAUCACGGGUCUGCAAAUGGGACUGCUGGUCGGUUGCAUUUACAUGGGCUCGUCCAUUUACAUGCCUGCCAUCUUGCAGUUGGAGGCUGAGUUCCAUAUUCCCGAGGUGGUGGCUAUUUUGCCACUGGCAGUAUUCGUGUUUGGAUACGGAGUAGGACAGACAUUGUUUUCUCCGCUCAGUGAACACCCGCGACUGGGACGAAUGUGGAUCUACAAUCUCACCCUGCUCGUAUUUUGGGUCCUACAGGCCCCUACAGCUAAAGCCAAGAACAUUGCCUCUCUCACAGUUCUGCGGUUCAUCUGUGGAGUUCUAGCGGCUCCCUCGUUAUCGAUGGGAGCUGCCACAAUGGGAGACAUGUUUGAGAUGCGCUACAUGACGUAUGCUAUUGCUUCAUGGGCCUUCUUCUGUUGUACUGGCCCUGCCCUGGGACCUCUAUUAGGAGGAGUUUUCUACUUUAUCAAAGACUGGCGAUGGACCUUCUGGAUACUGGGAAUGGUCUCAUGUGGAGGCUUCAUCAUCCUCUCUCUUACGUUACCAGAAACUUAUGCCCCCAACAUUUUGCAUAGAAGAGCAGCACGUCUCAGAAAACUCACAGGUAACCCCAACUACACCACCAUCUACGACGAAGAGUAUGCUCAGCUUUCAGUGAGUCAGCUGGCCAGAGAGUUCAUGCUACGACCCUUUGAGAUUGCAUUCACCGAACCCAUUGUUUUGGCUCUGGAUGUUUACAUUGCCAUGCUCUAUGCUACUCUCUACGUCUGGUUCGAGGCCUUUCCCUUGGUUUUUCACCAGAUCCACCACUUCAACGCCAUUCAGUCGGGUCUGGCAUAUAUGGGACUCAUGGUUGGAGGUCUUCUUGGGCUGGUAGCAUACUGUUUUACCACUUAUUGGGCCUUUGAGAAACGUGACGCAGAUAUAGAAACGUUUAUGAAGCUGUGUCUGAUAGGAGCGGUCUGUUAUCCAGUAUCUGUCUUCAUCUUUGGAUGGACUUCGCAUCCAGACAUUCACUGGAUCGCUCCUAUCAUCGCCUCGGGUCUCAACAUGUUUGGCGCCUUUUUUAUCUUCCAGACGAGCUUCAACUACCUUGGAGGCUCCUUCCCUCGCUUCAUGGCAUCUGUGUUUGCAGGAAACGGUUUGUUUCGAGCAUCGUUUGCCGGAGCUUUCCCUCUCUUCUCAAAGGCAUUGUUUGUCAAUCUCCAGACCGAUCCCAAGUGGCCGGUUGCCUGGGGAUGCACUCUUCUAGGCUGUAUUGGAGUGUUGAUGAUCAUCAUUCCUGUGCUGCUCAUUAUUUAUGGAGGACGUCUCAAGGGAAGAAGCAAGUAUACUGGACAGUGA